ACGGACAGGACGGGAGUCCUCGUGACUGCGGGAGGAAAAGAAAAAGGGGACAAUCUAACCAGGAUAAAACUGCCUCAAAGGCUAAAACACAUAUUCACAAUCAUUUAAAAGGUUUUUUUUUUCAAAAUGGGAGUCAGUUCUUUUCUUAGAACUGCUACAGCUGGGCUGUUUUGGUUUUUCUUUUUUUCCGUAUGAUACCUUUAGCAUUUCAUGCGCUUCAUACAGAAUCAGGCUGGGGCUGGGAGUCUCUUUAAGGGAAACGCAGUGAAGAUUCACUUUAACGUGUGCUGCGAUGUUGUUUUUUCGUUAGUCCUGCUCCGCGCAUCAUCUUCUGUGGAGUAGCCAAAAGGCCGAACCUCCUCCGCUGGCCUGCGGGUGCUGCAGCCACUCGGCCUGCUAAAAGCUCCGGAUACCGCAAUGCCGCUGGUAUGGGGAGAGAGAGAUGGCAGGUGGGCGAUGGAUGGAGAAUCGAGGCAUGUUGGAGUAUUCAGAUGUACAACGUCAGGAAUAAAUGUUGACACAACAUAAGUGUGACGAUACCGAAGUUCAGUUUUACCACCUGGAUGUCCUCCUCCUAACCACAGCAUCUUAUGACAUUUUCUGUAAGCUCCGGUUUGUAUGAUUUUUUCCAGUCUACGUAUUUAGAAAAUCAAGCAGAAAUUCUGGAUGGCAGUCCCCAUAGGCUACGUGUAAAACUGAGUUAUAAAAUCAUAUAAAUUAGGAAAUAUUUCUCAAAGACACAAUGCCCUCUCCAUCGGACUCCAGUAGCGUGGCCUCAAUGUCCGGAUCUCGAGGUCUAUCAGGUAGUCGCAGAGCAAUGUCUGGGAGGACAAGUGCACGCGUGUUGCUUUACCUGGGCUUGUGUCACCUUGCAUUAGGAGCUAUGGUACUGGCCUUCAGCUUCACAAGUCUGGCCUUCACCUCAUCACCCCGCGUCAGACAGUCUUGUCCCUUCUGGGCUGGCUUUUUCGUUGUAGCUUCAGGAGUAGUUGGAGUGAUAUCAUGGAGAAGGCCAUUCACACUUGUAGUGUCCCUGUUCAUGCUGCUGUCUGCGGUGUGUGUCAUUCUCAGUCUGGCUGGUUCAAUGCUCUCAUGUCAAAAUGCGCAGAUGGUCAAAUCUUACCUUACCUGCCAGAUGGAGAAUGGCCUGUGUCUUUGCUGUGAUCCCAAGCAGAUAUGCUCCCCAACAGAAGAUGAGACACUGGUACUAUACCAACAUGCAGAUUGCCAUGCUGUGCGUCACCAGCUCAAGGAUCUGCUCUUUAGUGCCUGUGGUCUCAGUAUUCUCUCCACCAUUAUCUGCACUCUGUCAACUGUCACCUGCAGCAUCCAUAUCUUCUCUUUGGACCUGAUGCAUCUGCUGGCUCCCCAUCGUUCUCGUUCUGUCAACCCAGAAUGCACCACUCCUCAGGAUGCGUUUCUCAGUAACAUGAUGGACUUUGAAGAGUUUGUUGCGCCCAUUCCUCCACCCCCCUACUACCCUCCUGAAUACACCUGCAGCUCGGAAACGGAUGCGCAGAGUGUCACAUAUAAUGGAUCAAUGGAGAGUCCAGUGCCUCUCUAUCCAACAGACUGCCCUCCUCCUUAUGAGGCAGUGAUGGGUCAAAGGGCUACUAGUCAGGCCACAGUCUUUGACACUCAAGGUGGUGAGCUGUCUGGAGAGAGAGGAACCUCUACAGCUUUCAGUGGUGAAGUGUCUAUGGACAGUGGCUCUCUGUUGAUGUCUGAGAUUAUGGAUAUUCCAGAUGACAGCUCCCCGUCUGAGGACUCCUGUCUCUUGGAAGUGGCAGUAGGCAUUCGGGUGCGGCCACGGGGGGCCAGUGAGGGAGGGGAGGGGGGAGAGUACGUAAUUUUCCGUUGUUCGCCGCAACAUCCAGAGGGAACGGUGGUGGCUCCCCAGGGCAGACGCUGUUUCAGAGGGGAAAGAUCAAACUCCUGCUCCUCUCCGAGCACAUACAACACCUCCACCUACAGGUCACCAGUGCUGAGGCGUCAAGCCCUGUUGGCAAGUAGCUGCUCUCAGUUGGAGUUGUUGGCGAGAUCUCAGCAUGCCAUGGUCCCAGAAAUUCGAGUUUGUCCCUGCACGCCCUCACGUCGAGACUCUUCCUUGGCUUUUACCAACCUGCCUUCAACAGCUCAGUCAGCUGCCCCUCCAGAGCAUUCAGACCACACACCACCUGUUCUCCAUCCACGUCUGUGCAUCCGUGAACAAAUUGGCCGAGAUCGUAAAGACAGUGAUGGCUUUUAUCCCCUUGUGAGGUCACACAGUGAACCAGGGCUCAGUUCUUCAAAUGAUACAGGUGAUUUCAGUUUUUCAGGGGGAAGUAAAGGAAUGAGUGUGUGCGGGUCACAGACUUCCUCAGAAACAGGGCCCUCAUCUGGAGCUUGUUUGCUGCCUCGCUCAUCUCUUGCCCAUCCUGCAUCCCUGCCCAGGAAGGGCAGCAUUAAGGCCGUAAGUAGCCGGUUGCCAUCAAAACAGGUCCCAGCCAACUCACUCCGUUUACCCAAAGACUGUGCUCGUUCACUCGGAGACCUCAAGGUCACCAGGGUUUUAGUGCAGCGUUUUCUGCAGAGAUCAAAGAGGAAUUUAUCCCCUGCAACUGAACAUGCUGGAAACUCUAUCCAGGGGCCUAAAAAGAGGACAGGGGGAGAGGGAAAUCUCCCUUUAGAGCAGGUGCUUCGUAACUCUUGGGGAGCCAACAGGGGGCAGCAGCAACACGUCCAUCACUGCCGUGGACACCAUCACUCUCAUAGUGACAGUCGCCAUAAUGCCCGGCGCCACGACGAUGACCCCGUGAGGACCGGGGGUAUCCACUUGCGUAGCUGCGGAGACCUCAACUCAACUUCUGUAGCAUCACUGCGCAGGCUCCACACACCGCCACACGGGUCAUCGGGAGCUCUUUUCUCAGAAUCUGCCCUCUGAAUUAAGUUGAGGCAUUCUGGAAUAGAUUACAAACAAUGCAAACAAUGAUAGGAGGAAAACAGUGUAGCAGUGAGAGCAUUUAUCUCGCAGAUGGGGUUGUUGAAACCCGAAGCAGAUAAAUAUGCUGUUUGAAUAACAGCAUGUGUACACUAAAUAAGGGUUGUAGCGGUUCUUAUCAUACCACCUGCACUAAAUAACCCUUCAGACUCACUGCUCCCUGUGCCUGAGAAACACUGGUGCUGUUUUGCAGUCGUACCUAUCAGUCUCUCCUUUUACCUCACCAUGUGCUUCUUUACAUCUUUGGACAUAUUCAUCUGCUGCUCUUUCUGUUUCUUACUCACUGUAUUUACGUGAAGUUGGAAAGAAUGCAGCACCUCUCAUGCAGCUGUUCAUAUUUAUAGCAAUCAAACACAUGCAAAUAUGCACGCACACACACAAUCUCUGAUGUUAAUUCUUCUGGAAAUGGCCACUGAACGCUUUCCAUUCAACUCUCACCUAAACCUUUCAAAUAGCGUAACAGAAAAAAUAUUUCACACAUCGUCUUACAUACAGUAUAUAUGUAUAUCUCAUGGCGCCGCGCUUAGCCUCACAUCACCACAGCUGAGGUUGACGUAUUUAAAUCUAUUGGCUUUUAGUAGAAGUGCAUGUAACUAAGCUACAGUAAUUCAAUUGGAGCUAUAAUAUUUUGCACCUCUUUGUCUUCAGACUCUAGAUUCCCAGUCAGUAUAAUAGUUUCUUGCUGAAUGCCUCUGCAUGUAUUGAGGAGGCAUGUUUUUUUCUUUCGAAUUGCACACACACACACAGAAACACAUGCACAUACAUGCUAAUGAUACAAAGCUAGAUGCCAUUAAUGCAAAUAAAUAUUUGAGGGACUUCAGGUCUUGAACUACUACACAGAAUUGGGACUUUGUAGUGAAAAAAAUCUGUUAAGACUAAAAACAACUAAAAUAGAGUAGAGGAGGCUGAUAUUAUGUGUUGAAUGAUUUUCUAAGUAUUCGGGAAAGUUUCAUUGAACUUUGGGAAUAAUACAGUGGAAAAACAGACUACCAGUAUCAUUUUUUUUAAAUGGAUGUUGAUCUGAAGGGAAUAAUUUAGAGAUAAUCUGGAAUGCUUACUAAUGCAUUGAUACAAUUGCUGUAUAUAUAAAUAACGUUGAUGCAUGGACCCUUACGCUCAUACACACUUUCUUUAACUCACUGACGCACUGAAAAGAAGUCUGAAACGGAGCUUGAUAUUCUACCUCUUGUCUUGCACACUGACAUGUUACAUCUGAUUGGGAAUAUUUUAAGAAAUGUAAGGAUUUUAUGGGGUAUUUAUGAAACAACCUCUACACUGACUGAUGAAAACACUGUUAUCCUGUAAACGUGAUGCCUAAAAAGAACAUUAAAAGCAGCUCUACGUAAUGAACUUUUAUUGCAAAUUAUGUAAAAUAAAAAACACAUGAAUAAAGUACUGCAAU